CUUAAACACGGAGCCUUUCCCUUGCAAACAACCUCAAAAUCAACUGCAACAUCCAAAUAUAGCAUCUACGCAUUAAAAUUAAGCUAACGAUACCCAUAUAACCUAUAUUCUGGCUAGGUUCAAAAUGGUUUCAGGAAACGAGUUUGAAAAUGAAGGGGGUAGAAUCAGAGUUUUGUUUUAAAAACAUAUUUCCCAAGUCUAUAGGAGAAAACCCACGUGAAAAUGGGUUAGAAAUGAGGUCCAAAUUGAAGAAAGCUCCUUUUUGAACUUUACCCGUAAAACCUCAAUUUUUCCAUUUAGAAAUCAUGAUUUAAAGGAGUUUUCGAUGAUAUAAUCGAUGACAAAUAAUGGAAAUAAGGUUUUGGAGCUACCCAAGCUCAGAUGGUAAAAAAACCCUCGAAAAUCGCCAAAUUCGAAGCUCAAAGGUCCAAAAAUAGAGGAAAAACGUGGAAAAGAGGCUUUUAUACCGUUCAAUGAACAGUGCCUCGCGAUUGUGGCCCCCACCUCGCUAUCGAGAGGGUUAACGUUGAGCGGGGCUUAAGUUGGUCAUUGCGACUGUGAGAGGAGGGACUCGCCAUCCCGAUGGACAAACUCGACCCGAUCCACCCAGAUACUCAUCGCAACCGCGGUACCACCACCACGCGAUCGCGAUGAAGGGAAUCAUGAAGGCUCGCGAUCGUGACACGUGUCAACGCGAUCGCGAUGACUGGCCUGAUGCACUCGAAAUUGUUACACCAACAGAUUUUUCAAAUGGAGCAUUGUAUCCGCAUGGACCCUCGGGGUUCGUUCGGAACCUGACAAAAAUAAAUCACAUAUGCUACUAGACAAAUUUCAACGUUCCGAACUCAAGACGUUGGAUUUUCGAAGAAAAGGUCAUUUUCACAAAAUUAACCCCCGGAACCCAUCUCCGCUACUUCCAAACCAAGGGUUGAAAUGAGAUAUAAAAGCUCCAAAUUCGAACCAACCCCACUACUAACCGAAAUUCCACAUUCCGGAUCUGCUGGCACAAUCCGUUUUGUUAUUCGAUACUCAGAACAAUAAAUGUUGACCGAAGUCAACUAUAUGGCUUCUCAAUCCUCUAAAAAUCACAAACUCGCAUAAAUCGUUCCCGAUUGCAUUGAGAACCAUGCCAACUAUCCCCGAACUUCAAAAUUGGCAUGUAGCAACUACGGGGAAGGGCCAAAUGGUUGAAACACAUAGAAAAGAAAAAUUCAUAAAUUCAGGUCAUUACAGCUGCACUGCACUUAGAGUUGCUAGUUUAUGUAGGAUAACAAAACGCUUAGAAGGCUUGUUGUAUUGUUGAUUAAUCUAGUUAGUAUGAUGAGUGUAGCACUAUACUUAGAGGGGCCGCUCUAUGUAGCACUAAAGGCUUGACAAUACAUUAAUCUCCUCAUUGGUGUCAAUAUGGUUUUAACUAUGAAGUUUUGACUGAUGCAUUUUUUUUUGUCUUCCGCUUCCUGCAGCAUAUGAUGGUAUAGAGGGUAUGCUUUAUGGGCUAGGAAUUGAUGGUGGUGAAUCGAUAGCUCGUCCAGCUUUGAAAUUCUAUGAGAUGGCACUUGAAAAGAGUUUCACAAAGGGGCGUAGGAAAGAGCAAGUUCAAGCUGCUUGUCUUUACAUUGCAUGUAGGGAGAACAAAAAGCCAUUCCUACUCAUCGACUUUUCUGAGUACUUGAGGAUAAAUGUGUAUGUUUUAGGUGCUGUGUUCUUACAGCUAUGCAAAAUUCUACACCUUGAAGACCACCCAAUUGUUCAAAAACCUGUGGAUCCGAGUCUGUUCAUUCAUCGAUUCACUGAUCGUAAGUAUUUAUGGUUUGCUGGUGUCUGUUCAUUCAUCGAUUCACUGAUCGUAAGUAUUUAUGGUUUGCUGGUUUACUUUAAGCUUUCUUCUUUCUUCUUUCUUGGCCACCUUGUCCCAGGUGCUAACUUUCUGGUGGGGUUUAUAUAUAUUUUUGAUUUCCCCUUUGGUUUCUUGAUUACGUUUUUGGAUUUUCAUGGGGAGAACUGAGAAGUUCAAGGAUCUUGAUUCAUAAGGAUUGUAUUCUGCAAGCGUGUUAUUUGUUGCCAUUGUUCU